AUGUGGAAUUUACAACUUUUAUUCGUUUUCUCAUCAAUUUUUCUUCUUACAAAUGCAUUGUCCAUUGAAAGAAAUUCGUAUUCAUUCGAUGAAGAUAAUCUUAUUCAUCAACGUUUUCGGCGACAACAGGGCGUAACGACAACAACAACGACGGAAGCGUUGAAUUGCAUGUGUCCUUGUGUUUGUACUACAACUUCAACGACAACGACAAGUUCAACAUCAUCGUCGACAUCAUCAACAUCGACAUCAACUUCAUCGACAUCAACUUCAUCGACAUCAUCGACAUCAUCGACAUCGUCGACGUCGACAACGACAUCAUCAACAUCAACAUCGACUUCAUCGACUUCCACAUCCUCAUCUACAUCUUCAACAUCAACUACAUCAACAUCAACUACAUCAACUUCAACUACAUCCACUUCCACUUCAACAUCAUCAACUUCAACUUCAACUUCAUCAUCAACUUCAACAUCAACUUCAUCAUCAACAUCGACAUCAACUUCCUCUUCUUCAACAUCAUCAACAUCAACCUCAACAUCUUCAACAUCGACAACAUCAACAUCAACUUCUUCUACAUCCACAUCGACUUCAACAUCAUCAACAUCAUCAACUUCAUCAAGUUCAACAACAACUUCAACAUCGACUUCAUCAUCAUCGACAUCCACGUCAACUUCUUCUACUUCCACAACAUCAACAUCAACAUCAACAUCGACAUCAUCAACUUCGACAUCAACAUCAACUUCGACUAGUUCAACAUCAACUAGUUCUUCAUCAACAACAACAACAACUACUGAAACAACAUCAACUUCAUCAACUUCAUCAACAUCAACAACAAGUUCAACAUCAACCACAUCAACAUCAACAUCAACUUCAACUUCAUCAACUUCAACAUCGACAACAUCAUCGACUUCGUCGACAUCAUCAACUUCAUCUACAUCAACGUCCACAUCAACUUCAUCAUCAUCAACUUCUACAACAUCAACUUCAACAUCCACAUCGACAUCCUCGACUUCAACAUCGACAACAACUGAUACAACGUCAACCUCAUCUACAUCAUCAACAACUUCGACUUCAUCUUCAUCAACAUCAUCCACAUCGACUUCCACAACAUCAACUUCCACAACAUCAACUUCCACAAGUACUUCAUCGACAUCAUCAACAACAGCAACUGAUACAUCAACAACAUCAACUAGUACUAUUUCAUCGUCUUCCACAUCCACAACUAGUACGACAUCAACAUCAUCAACAAGUUCAACAACAUCAACAUCAACUUCAACUACAUCAACAUCAACAUCGACUUCAACAACAUCGACAUCAACAACAAGUACAACAACUGCAACGACAACAACAACUGAUACAACGUCAACAUCAUCUACAUCGACUACUUCAACAUCAUCAUCGACAUCAACAACUUCAACAUCAACUUCAUCUUCAACUUCUUCUACAUCAACAUCAACAUCAUCCACAUCGUCUACAUCGACAUCAUCAGCAACAACUUCAACUUCUUCUACAACUUCAACUUCUACAGUUUCAACUUCAACAACAUCAAGUUCAUCAUCAACAAGUUCAACUUCAUCAACUUCGUCAUCUACAUCAACAACAGCAACAAGCACAAGUUCUACUUCAACUUCGUCAACAUCGACAUCAUCGUCAUCAACAUCAAGUUCAUCAACAUCAUCAUCAUCGACAUCAUCAACAUCAACAUCAACAUCAACAUCGUCAACUUCAACUUCAACUUCAACAUCAACAACAACAACAGGAACAACAUCAACAUCAAGUUCAACUUCAUCAACAUCAAGUUCAUCAACAUCAUCAUCUACAUCAUCAACUNAGAAUUGUUGUUUUUGUCAUUACUCGCCAUAA